CCCCCAUCAGACUUAUCCCUGCCAACAGCUCCAUCACCAGACCUGGGCAUUGGAAGCCCAAGAGGCAGUCAGCCAUACCAGUAAAAUGUCCCCAGGAAGGGGAAUGGAAAGACAAACUGAAUCCUGCCCAGCCUUCAGGCACAAUCUUCCCUGCCCAAACAUCUGCAAGAAGAAGGCAGAAAAACUACCUGCUAGAGAGGCAGCCAAAGGUGUGGAAGGAAGCCGCCAGAGUCAGAAGGUCAGCUGAGACCAAGGGCAAGUCUUGAGUCAAAUUUGACUGGAUUUCUCCCUUUUGGUAGCCAUGGCAUCCCAGGAGGCAUUAAAAGCAGCAGAGACUUAGACCCUGCCAGGGUGGAGACAUGGAGCUCCUCACUUCAGAAACACUGAAAAGUGCUUCUGCCACAGGUGCACAAUCAGGCAACCAGCUCUGGCAAGUGAGAUGCCACACUCCAAGAGUAACAUUCCCAAAUGGUGCAAUUUAAACAUUUAUACUUUCUAAACAUCACCUCCUAAGGGCACAGUAGCCAGCAAUUCCAAAAUGUUGGAAGUCAAGCAGAUGAGGCAGCAGACCAGCUUGACUGAACAGGGAUCUUCACUUGGGGGAAAAGGCCAAAAAUGUGUGUGCCCAGUGGAAGCAAUGUCAGGUUACGUGUUGUGCUGGUGUUGGAACAGCCACCCCUCUAGGGGGACAGUGGCUCCAGGGAGAAAUGCUCUGGCAUGGUAGAGCAGACCCAGUGUGGCAGUCAUCCUGAUUACCCCAGUGUGAAAGCAAGGAUAUUUUUGAAGGAGCUGCUUGUGCCUUCUGCCUACGGCAGUGAAACAGCAGCUUCACUUGUGGUGCUGAGAUCAGCUAAGGAGCUGGUUGAUCACCAGAUCAAAAUUAUAUAUCCUUUUUCUCCCUGAAUGGGAGAAAAAUGUUCCCAAACUGCAAGACCCCUCCCUCUUGGGAGCACAAACAUGCCCCUGCCAAAGCAUGUUACUCCACUGGCACAGAGGUCUUGCCUCAGAAGUCUCUUAUUCCUCAGUUUCCCAGCCAUCAGCCCCAGUGCUAGAAGAUGGCCAUAUUCAGCCCCAAGGCUUCCUUCUCCCCUUUAGCUCAGCAGCUCUGGACUGCUGGACUUCAUUUGCUGCAAGAUUUCUGUCCCCACCCACCAGAACCCCUGCCUAAGCCACCCAUGAUCUGAACUCCCUUGAUCCAGACCCUUGUCCCUCUCCAUGCUGAAGUUAUUCCACACACAGGCACAUAGGAAGGCAUCCCCGCAGCACCACCUGCACGUCUCUGUCCACUGAGCUUCUCUUAUGACUUCCUCCCAUAUUUCUUUCCACUUUGUGCUCUUGGAUGUGAGCGCCAGUACUGCAUGCUCACAACAUGUGUACGACAUGGACAUUUCUAGACCAUGCCUAAGCAUGGAAUCAGGAGAUAAAAAUCUGUGAACAUCUUCAUGGCUAGGUGUCCCACAUGCAUCCACCCACAGCACACAGCCCUCCCAGCAAAGGUGGGCUAACCCCACCAAAAGGACUGCUAGCAGGACAAGCAGUUCCACAUCGGCCCAGGAGGACUAAAGGCAGCAGGAGAGUUUUUCCCCUUACAUAACUCGAGGUUUCAGUGGUUUCCUGUGGCAGCAGCACCUGGGCACUUUGCACUGUGCCUGCGUAAGCACGGCAGCUGCGGGCAGGGAACUUGGGCAACACUCUUUCUGGGAAGCAGAGGGAGGGAAGGAGGGCUCAGUGUCCAAAGUGCAAGAAGGGCCAUGCUGGCAGCGAACUCCAGUAGCGCUGAGGAACUGAGAUACGUGCUGGGACGGUCAGUCACCUCUAUAGAAGUGUCCAAACAAAACGAAACAAAUUAAUCUAAGCCCUCAUGGACACCCAAGCGACUCUAACAGCACAACGAUCUGGGUGAGCUUAGCCCGGUCAGGUGUUCGUGCUGGUUAGCACAGCAGGGAGAAGGAAAGCAAACACAAGCCUGACCCUGGCUCGGGUUCUCAGGUUGUGGAGCUGGGCUUGGCUUGUUUUCUUCGUCACAUGCAGCUGACUUGAUAUCGGGAAAGAGCACUGCCCUUAGAACCGAAAGAGAAAGCAGAUAACCAUCUGCACGUGACAAAACAGGCUGCGGGGACAGCCACAGCACCGGCUGCAGCCACAGCACCUCUCGGCUCCUAGAACGGCAGCACAGCCCUCUCCAGCGUGUUUCAGCUCCACACCCACCCAAAUGGGCAGCCCAUUCAGAACAAUGGGCGUCCUCCACCUGACCUUCCAGUCUCUCCAGAAGCCUGUUGAGAAGAAGCCCUCCAAGGGAGUCUACAAGAAGUGAGGGAAAAGUGACCAGGAGAAGUGGACAGCGCGAAGCAGAAGCCUAUUCACUGCAGAAGAGGACAGUACACAUUCUGGGAAGAGGAGCAGAGUCGGGUUUGCCAACCAGUCUGUGAGAGGAGCAAGGUGGAUGGCAAUCACAGGCAUCCCCACAGCAGCUUUUACCAUGGUAGCAAGAAAGCAUGCAGGCACCAGGAUGGGUCUGCUGCCACAGAGGCGUACCAAGAACCUGCUGCACCUGCUGAUUUUACUGGAGACUCUUGGGGCCUUGGCCUUGAUGUCCUAUGCACUGCUGUAUGAAGCUGGAAACCUGGUGAACCUCCCUGACAAACGCAUCGGCUUUUACAACUUCUGCCUGUGGAAUGAUACAGCUGGGGAGCUGCAGUGCCUGGACACCAAGCACCUACAGGCAAUGGGCAUCAGUCUACUACAGCUGGGACUAGCCAGGGUCUGUGUGUAUACCUGCCUGGUCUUCAUCCUCUUCCACCUCCCUUUUCUUUUAAAUGUGAAUUGCACAGGGCAAGGAGAGGGAUGGAAGAUGAUCCGCAUCAUACUGUUCAUCAAGACAAUAAUCCUGUCUGGAGGCCUGGGUAUGUUUCUUUUACAAACCUCGCAGUGGAUUCAUCCCUCUGAUUUCACUGGAGGCUUCCUGGCACUGCUUGGGACUCAGGCUCUGCUACUGCUCCAGAUUCUCACUGCCACCGUGCUGGGUCAAGCACACACAUAUGUGUCAAAACCAUUUAACUGACGAGGCCCUGCCCACUAAGAUUUGACAGUGAAGAAGAUGCAAGAGCUAUCGGUAACAUGAUUUAAAAUUGUAAUCCAAAUACAGCUUUACUCCCUAGCAAAAAUCUGAUUCCCAGUCCAAAGGCUCAUGUCCAGCCAUGCUCUGGCACAUUGCAGUGUGCAGCACUCCUGCAUCAAGCUGGCAGCAGACACCAAGAGCCACAGCACAGAGGCUUUCCAGGUACACGUUGCACCUUCCCAGGUUCAACAGCGUGUAACACCCCUCAGUUUGGGGCACAGCGUCAAAGUGGCAGCACUUCUGGCCCCAAAGAGCAGUGAAGGUAGCAGAACCAGCGUACAGCGAACACAGCUCUCUGCUCACACCUAGUCUCAGUAAAAAACGUUGCUAGCAUCUCAUAGCGUGUGAUUACAUUUGUAACUAACAAAGUAUUUAUAAUACAUUUUGCCCUACCAUAUAACAAAGAUAAAGGGAAUUUAAAAAUAGUAUCUGUAGAUUGUGUUUAACUAGGAACUAACAAAUGCUCAGGAAAAUGUAACCAAACAGGUAAUUUCUUCAUAAGUAGAUAGGAUACAUAUAACUUAAAAUAAAUAAGCUGCCAUCAACAACCAACCUUCAAGGCUGUGAAGAAAGCCAUCUAGGACGACAGUGAAGUAACACCAGAAAGAAGCAGUUUUGUAGUUUGAAAACAAGGUAACAGACUGAGCAUGCACUGAUUAAGAAAGUGCAAUAAAAGGACAAGUGCUGCAGAUAAUUAAACGACCACCAAAACUCCUACAGGAGGGAAGUAAUAAACCUAGAGGACACUAGAUGGCAGAAAAGACUGAAACAGUUAAUUAACAGUUACUGAAACAGUAAAUUAACAGUUCAUAGAAUCAUUUUUCAAAAUAGGAGUUUUAUGUUAUUGACUUUUCUGUGUAGUGAAUAUGUAACAGCUUUGUGAGUAUACACUGCAUUAAUUCAUCCCGUGGCUGGGUGAACUUAUGUAAAUAAAGAAUGCCUGCUUAACAGUGA